AUGGCGAACGUUAAUACGGGUGAAUUGUUAAACUUUCAAGACUACUCCCCUGAACACAACGGGCGAAGUGCUCGAAUUGACGUGGAAGCUGUUCACACAAAUCAAUACAAUAAUGUUAUGACAAAUUCGAAUUAUACGUAUGAGGAGCCCAAAACUGUUGUAGAAGAACAGGAGGCUGUUCCUCAGACUAAUCAUAACUUCUGGACUAUAGAGUACUAUCAAAAAUACUUCGAUGUCCAGACAAGUGAAGUUUUGGAGAGGAUUGUAUCCUCAGUGUUGCCUCAGAAAGUAUCUCGCAACUACUUUGACGAACGUAUCAAGGGGAAACCAGAUUUAUAUGGACCUAUAUGGAUAUCAGUAACUUUGAUUUUCACUAUUGCUGUAAGUGGUAACAUAGCUAACUACCUCCAAAAUGCUAAUAAAGAAGUACAUUGGAGGUACAACUACCAUCUAGUUUCAUAUGCGGCCACAGCUAUCUUUUGUUAUGUGUGGUUGGUGCCUCUGGCUCUAUGGGCUGCUCUUAAAUGGUCUGUAGUACCCGACGGCCAAGAUGAAAUUGAAACUCAGGCAUCAGCGUCACCGACAAUGAUAUCACUAUUCUGUCUGUACGGCUACUCUCUAUCAAUCUACAUUCCGGUGGCAAUUCUUUGGACAAUUCAAGUAUCUUGGCUGCAAUGGCUGUUUGUACUAAUGGCGGCUUUAGUCUCUGGCGCUGUACUUAUAUUCUGGCUUUUACCGGCUUUGAAGAAAUCUAAAUAUUCGCUAAUAUUAAUCGGCUCUAUACUAGGAUUUCAUUUUCUUCUUGCUAGUGGCUUCAUGUUGUAUUUCUUUCAUGUUCCCAAUACAGUUGAUCCGACAACCGUUGUGACGAAUACAACUGUUAAAGUCUAA